AUGUUCAUUGAAGCGAUAAUAUUUUUAGUGACUGCGAUAGUAACUUAUGUGUUAUAUACGCAUAAUCGUUUAAAAAACUAUUUCGAUGCUCGCGGAAUUAAGUAUGAUCCCGGUGUGCCCUUGUUGGGGAAUACCUGUGGAAGUACAUUUAAGAAGAAACAUAUUACCGAAGAUAUCGAUGCGAUUUAUAAACAGUUUCCAAAUGAAAAAUAUGUUGGUUACUUGGAAGGUUUGAGACCGAUUAUUCUAAUAAGAGACCCAGAACUCAUAAAAGCAAUAACGGUGAAAGAUUUUGACCAUUUUGUCGAUCACAAGGAGUUUGUACCCGUUGAAGUGGAGCCACUUUUCGGCGACAGCCUUUUUGGAAUGAAAGGCGAUAGAUGGCGUGAUAUGAGGACCACCUUGAGCCCAGCAUUCACCAGCUCGAAGAUGAGACGAAUGAUGCCUUUUAUGAACGAAAUUAGUGCUAAUAUUGUGGAGUAUGUAAAAGAUCACAUAAAUGAAGAUACAAACAUUGACGAUUUGAUCCGAAGAUAUACAAACGAUGUAAUAGCUUCAACAGCUUUUGGACUCACUGUAAAUUCUCUUAAAGAUAAGGAAAACGAAUUUUAUAAAACCGGUCAAGAUUUGUUCAAUUUUCCGUUUCUGAGGCGCGUCGUGUUUAUCAUUACUUUUCUCUUUCCUGCUGUGGCAAAGACCAUGGGCGUGUCGAUGUUCAAUCCAAAAAAUAUGUCAUUCUUUAUGAAUAUAGUGUCAAGUACUAUGGAACAUAGAGAGAAGAAUAAGAUUGAAAGACCGGAUAUGAUUCAGUUGUUGAUGGAAGCUGCUAAAGGAAAGCUUAAAGUUGACAAAGAAGCUAGCGACGAAUUACCAACUGAAUUUGAUUUGAAGUCCAAAACAGUUAGUAGAGAAUGGUCUCAAUCGGAAUUGGCUGGUCAAGUAUUUAUAUUCUUUGCUGCCGGUUUUGAAAGCUCAGCAUCAACAUUAGUCAUGCUGCUACAUGAAUUGGCCUUGAAUGAUGAAAUCCAGGAAAAGUUGUCUCAAGAAAUUAAAGACUUUAAGGAGAAACAUGGCAAUUUGACAUAUGAUAGAAUAAGCGAUUUGAAGUAUUUGGACUGCGUCUUAAAUGAAGCGUUACGAAAAUGGUCAGUAGCUAUUGUCGCAGACCGAGUCUGCACGAAAAAGUACGAGUUGCCUCCACCAAGAGAUGGGGGAAUACCAUGCAAGUUGGACAUCAAUAGCAUCGUGUACUGCCCAGUGAAUUCCCUCCACUGGGAUCCUGAACACUUCCCAAAUCCUCAAACUUUCGACCCUGAGAGGUUUUCAGAAGAAAACAAACAGAAUAUUAAGCCUUUCACAUAUAUGCCAUUUGGAGUUGGACCGAGAACUUGUAUUGGAAUCCGGUUUGCUUUGAUGGAAUUGAAAGUCCUGCUGUAUCACUUGGUUGACCAAUUCAAGAUAGUGAAGUGCGACAAGACUGCCGACCCACCGGAAUUGGCCCCCGAAGACGUUAAAAUUAUGGCUAAGGGAGGCAGUUGGGCUAAGUUUGAAAUUAGGAAAUAG